UUUGACUGGUAAAUGUAAGAGAGAAAUAUCUGAAUAUUUCGCUUUGGUUUUUGUCGUCUGAGGACGGCCUUAUCUCAUUUGAGAUGAAAUUUAGGGUGCUUCUUAUACUUUGCCUGGCAUGGUUAUCUCAGGCGUCGCCGAUUUCACGGAGAGAUAAAAGAGAUGCAGAUGACCUAGAAGCCGACAAAGAAGUUAGAACAAUAAUUUCUGCAAUAGUGGACGCAAUUCUGGACGGGGACAAGACGCGCCGUUCGGAAAUACCAGAUAAUGAGGAAGAUGAGUCGGAAAAGUUGUCCAGCACAGUAAGCAGCCUAAUACCUGGCACAAGCAAUGUAGAAACCAAUGAUGAAAUUAGUGACAAACAAUAUCUUACAAAGAAAAGAAGGAGUUUUAUUCCGGUAGAAAACAAAUUAGAGGAACAUUCAGUUUACGAGACUGAUCCCAAAGAACAAGCAGAGGAUGCAAAGGCAGAGACCUCUGAAAGUGAACUAUCGGGCGAGAAUCAGCCAUUAACCUCAGGAGAUUCAGAAGAUUCAGAGCCCGAGAAAGAAUCCGAAGAGUCGGUAGCCUCAGAAGGAGAAAACACAGAAUAUUCCAAAAGAAGUGACAUUCCGAAAAUUUUUAAACCGGGCGACGAUGAGUCGUCAGAAAGGAGAGAAACUGUUGAGUCAAGGAAGUCAAACCAGUCAACGGACGCGCCUUCAAGCGGAUCCGGAGAAAGUGCAUCAUCCGACGAAGCUGAGGACACAAAUGAAGCCUCUGCGUUCGCAAAAGACCUAGAAUCAUCUGGUGUGGCUGUAAAAAGAAACGUCAUCCCAACAGAAGUAUUUGAAGAAGGUAAUGCCAAAUACAAUGACGAUGAUGAUGACGAAGAGGAAAUGGAUGGGUCUGGUUCCACAUCGGAAUCUGGUGACUCCGAGGAUUCCGAAGAAUCCGGUGAUUCUAGCCAGGGAGAGUCAGAUGGAAACAAACCAACAACACCCAUGGGAUCCACCGAAGUUUCCUCUGACCAAACUCAAGAAAAAGAACCAAAGAAGGUUGAAGAUGAGACAGCAACGUCAGAAUCGGACGACGAAAGUUCAGCUUCAGGAGAAUUUGGCGAAUCAGGAGAGUCUGGUGACUCUGAUGAGUCUGGUGAAUCAGGGGAGAGUGGGGCAUCUGGUGAAUCAGGACACGCUGCUGAGUCAGGAGAAAGCGGAGAAUCUGGAGAAUCAGGAUACGGGGAUGAGUCAGGAGAAAGCGGAGAGUCGGGAGAAUCGGGGGACAGCGAGGAGUCUGGUGAAUCAGGAGAAAGCGGUGAUUCUGAGGAAUCUGAUGCUGAGUCAGAUGUGGUGAAGAGAAAUGAAAUUCCAAAGGAAGAUAAAGAAUCAAGCAAACAAGAAGAUAGUGAGGAAAGCGGUGCCUCUGGAGAAUUCAAAGAGGUGGUUGAAUCGGAUGAAAUUGAAGAUUCCGGAGAGUCUGACGAGAGUGGAGAGAGUGGGGAAUCUGGAGACUGGGGAGAGAGUGCUGCAUCUGGAGAGUCUGGAGAUAACGAGGAAUCCGGAGAGUCUGGUGAAUCGGCGAUUAGCAAACGAAGUGAGAUUCCCAAAGAGCAAGAUACGAAAGAAAACGACGAGUCAAGUGCGUCAGAGGAGUCUGGCGAUGCUGUCGAAUCAGGUGCAUCGGGGGAUUUUGAAGAAUCAGGCGAAUCCGGCGAUUUUGAAGAAUCCGGUGAGUCCGGUGACUUUGAAGAAUCCGGUGAGUCCGGCGAUUUUGAAGAAUCCGGCGAAUCGGGAGACUUUGAGGAAUCUGGUGAGGCAAGUGACGGAACAGUAUCCAAAAGGAGUGAAAUUCCCACGGAAACACAAAAAGCAAUAAAGGAGAUUUCAAAGGCGGCUGAAAAUUCUAGCAGUGGCAGUUUAUCCGAUCAAUCAGCGGACAAAGAAACCAGUAAGUCUGAAGUUCUUCCUGAAACCAAACAAAGAAGCCAACCGGCUGAAAUUGCACAGACUGAGAAAUCGGACCAAACCAAAGAGUCUGACCAAUCAGGAGAAGAAUCUGGAGAGGGCAGUGAAAGCGGAGAAUCAGGGGAGAGUGGAGAAAGCGGAGAGUCUGGGGAAAGUGGAGAAAGUGGUCAAAGUGGAGAAUCAGGAGAAAGCGGAGAAUCAGGGGAGUCUGGAGAGAGCGAGAUCACUAAGAGAGAUACAAUUUCAAGAGAUACCAGCGAUGCUGAAAAAGACUUGAGUGGUUCUAGCGCUUCAGGAGAGACUUCCAGCGAUAGUGACGAGUCCGAGGAAUCCGGUGAAUCAGGAACCUCGGGCGAGUCUGGAGAAGGCGGAAUAUCAAAGCGAAGCGAGAUACCAUCAGAAGAAAGGAAGGAAGAUGAAGAUUCAGAGGAAUCCGACGAGUCCGACAAUUCUGGUUCUGGAGAGAGUGCAGAAUCGGGGGAAAGUGCAGAGUCUGGAGAGAGUGGCGAAUUUAGUGAAAGUGAGGAGUCUGGAGAGAGCGGCGAAUCUGGUGAAAGCGAAGAGUCUGAAGAGAGUGACGAAUCCGGUGAAAGUGAGGACUUCGCUGAAUCGGAUGAAAGCGGAGAAGCAGCGAUCUCAAAAAGAAACGAAAUACCACAGGAACAAAGUGCUGCAGUUAUUCCAGAUUACGAAGACGCGGAAGAUUUUGAAGAAUACGGAAAUUCUGAAGAAAGUGAAGAAAGCGGAGAGAGUGGGGAGAGUGGAGAAAGCGGAGAAAGUGGAGAGAGUGGAGAGAGUGGAGAAAGCGGGGAGAGUGGGGAGAGCGGGGAGAGUGGGGAGAGUGGAGAGAGUGGAGAAAGCGGGGAGAGUGGGGAGAGCGGGGAGAGUGGGGAGAGUGGAGAGAGUGGAGAAAGUGGUGAAUCAGCUGACGGAGGGAUUGCCAAACGAAGUGAUAUACCCAAAGACCAGCAAGAAUCAAAGGAUUUAUCUGGAUCAGGAGAUUUACCUGAGUCUUCGGCUGAAUCAGGUGAGCGCGAAGAGUCCGGUGAGUCCGGUGAGUCUGGCGAGUCCGGUGAGUCUGGCGAGUCCGGUGAGUCUGGCGAGUCCGGCGAGUCCGGCGAGUCUGGCGAGUCUGGCGAGUCUGGCGAGUCCGGCGAGUCCAGCGAGGCCGAAUACAAGCGAAACUUCAUCCCGAGGGAAAGCGACGCCGAAGAUGAUGAUGAUGACGAAGAUUCAACUGUGGAAACUGAAAGCAAAGAACAAGAUUCCUCUGAAGGGGAACGAGAAGGGAGUGCUGAUCAGCAUGCCAACACAAGAGGGAAAGUCAUUACUGAAACCAUGGAUGACAUCGCUAAAGCCGCACUGGACAACAAAAUUGAGAGAAAGUCGGACAUCAUCCACAGUUUACCGCGAAACACCGAAGAAUUUCCGAUCAGUGAAAAAGAAAGCAAAUCGCAAGUAAGAGAAAAGAAGACUGGUGCUGCUCUUAAGAAUUUGUUCACUGCGCUGGCAGACGGUGAGGCGCAUGCAUCAGGGUCAGGAGAGGAGCUUGCUUUGAGAGAAAAAGCUCAAAGUACAAAUUUCGUUAAAAGAGAGCCUUUGGAAACAAAUGGAAUGAAGAAUGCUUUGGACGAGAUCUGGACACAAGAGGACAGUGCCCUCAAUGAUGCUGAAUCAGCUAAUAUUAAUUUAAAGGAGAAACAAGAAUUUACACAGCUCGCAGCCACUUUAAAGCGUUCACUGCCUUCAAAGGACUCUGAAAAAGCCACAGAAGUCGAUAAAGAUGUGGAGGCAUUGGAGGGCUAUGCUGACGCUCUUACAGAGGUUGGAGGUUUAACACCCGAACAUCACAAAGCAAUCGCCACUAAACUUGCUUUGGACCUCAUGGAGGACCUCAACAUUGAUGAAAAGGAACGAUCUGAUCUUUUGAAAAAAGAAACAGCCUUCAUCAAAGAUGCAGAGAUCGCAUAUGUUAAAAGUAGGAUCACCGAAGUAAAAAAAGAAAUGAUAAAGUUUGCCCAAGAGCACCCAGGUGACAAAGAAAGGAUUCGUGCAGAGGCAAUCAAAAGAUUGGAGGAUGUAGUUGAGAAACUUCCUCUCAGAAAGGCAACCAUUGAAGCUCAAGAACACAAACUAAAGAGAUCCCCCAUGCUCCAGCAAAUUGUUGCUUCUACAAGCAAAAGAGAAUUGAGAGAAAGAAUCAGAAGAGCUUUAGCUGAUUUUAUUGCUGAGGACGUCGCAUGAACUCCGAGUAGGACAGAAGAGUGACUAAGGCCACGAAAAGCCUUCAAAUCAAGCCAUAAAUGAAGUCAUGUACACAUAGGGUUCAAGCUACAAAAGUGACAUUUAGUUUACUAUGUUGGCAUGACAUACGUUUGUAUAAACAAAACUUAUACAAUAGGCUAGAUAUCUUUAGUUCCUUCAUAAUCACAAAUGUAUUCAUUCAACCAGCCAUUCCUUGACCAUUGCCUGAAAAAAAAAAUGUAAAAGUUGAUUUUGUUUGUUGAUUGAUUCCGUAACAUGCUAUGGGUUUCUCUUCCCAUGGAAUUGCAGCUUAAACUUUUUAAAUUAUAUUAAUUGUUUUAAGCAUUUUGAUUAAGGUCUGUUAAAGACCUCUACUGUCACAUAAAACCCGACGACUUUCUCAUACAGGGACUUUGGUAUGGUUGAUAAGGACAAUAGGCCAAGCAGGGCCCGAUGACGUCAUUGUACAAGUUUGCAAAGAAUGCAGGGAAUAAAAACUCGAACAUUUCAAGAUGUGGGGAGUUGUUUAUUUUAGUAAUUACUAGUAAAAGUUCAAGCCCUGCGCAGAUAGAUAAAACUGAAUUAACGACCAAGUAAUUGUAACCCGCUUAAUAGAUUUGUAGCUUUAUGGUCAGAUAAUUAAAAAUUGUAAAUUUGAUCUAUGGAUGUAAAUAAAUUUCUGAAA